AUGGCAGAAAAAACAAAGAAUGUGUCUUCACAAAAAUCUAGUGAUGAAGAAAAACCAAAAGAAAAUAUCCGGUGCUUAACCACCCUUGGCCACUUUGGGUUUGACUGUUUUCCCUGUCAGCUGGUGAGCAGGUCUCUGCAGCGAGGAUUCUCCUUUAACAUUCUGUGUGUGGGGGAAACGGGAAUCGGAAAAACAACACUCAUAAACACAUUGUUUAAUACGAAUAUAAAAGACAGCAAGUCCUCACAUUUUCACCCCACUGUUGGACUUAAAGUGAAGACAUAUGAGCUCCAGGAAAGCAACGUGCACCUGAAGUUGACUGUGGUGAAAACUGUGGGGUUCGGGGACCAAAUAAACAAAGAAGCCAGCUACCUACCAGUGGUUGAGUACAUAGAUGCUCAAUUUGAGGCCUAUCUUCAAGAAGAACUGAAGAUUAAACGUUCCUUCUUUGAGUUUCAUGAUUCGCGAAUCCACGUGUGCCUUUACUUCAUUUCCCCUACUGGCCAUUCUCUAAAGUCCCUUGAUUUGUUAACCAUGAAGAGCAUUGACAGUAAGGUCAACAUUAUACCAUUGAUUGCCAAGGCUGACACCAUUUCUAAAAGUGAUUUGCAGAAGUUUAAGAGUAGGAUAAUGAAUGAGUUGAACAGCAAUGGCAUCCAGCUGUAUCAGUUCUCAGCAGAUGAUGAAACAGCUGCUCAAGCAAAUACCUCAACUAACGGACUAUUGCCUUUUGCUGUGGUGGGAAGUAUGGAGGAGGUGAAAGUUGGGAAGAGGAUGGUCAGAGGUCGUCACUACCCCUGGGGAGUUUUGCAAGUGGAAAAUGAAAAUCACUGUGACUUUAUUAAGCUCCGGGAUUUGCUUCUUUGUACCAACAUGGAAGACCUGAAAGAGAAGACCCACACUUAUCACUACGAAUGCUACAGGUACCACAAGCUGAAGACAAUGGGCUUCACGGAUGUGGGCCCUGACAACAAGCCAGUCAGCUUUCAAGAGACGUAUGAGUUCAAGAGACAGGAGUUCCAGGAGCAGUGUCAGCAGGAGGAAGAGGAGCUGAAGCAGAAGUUCAUGCAGCGCGUGAAAGAGAAGGAAACGGCGUUUAAGGACGCGGAAAAGGAGCUGCAGGAGAAGUUCGAGCACCUUAAAAAGGUUCAACAAGAAGAAAUAAUGAAACUUGAAGAAGAGAAAUCAAAAUUGGAGGAAGAAAUCUUAAGUUUUUAUAAAAUGAAAGCUGCCUCUGAAACACCACACUCCCAGGAAACCAAUAUAAGGAGGGAUAGAGAUCGUAAGAAAUAG